UAAGGAAUGAGUGGGCUCUCUCCACGACUGUUUUCUGGACUACUACACAUUCAGCAUACGGAGCUUUGUGCCGGAGCCGCUGCGGAAAUGUGGGGUCGUGAUGUGUGGCAGCUGUAGCCUCUGGUAUGGACAGCGGUGAAGGGGGAGGAGGGGAUGGAGGGGCAGGAGAGGAGAGAGAUGCUGACCUCAGCCCCCAGGCUUUAUCUCGUCCACUCCUGACCCCAACGGCCAUUCCUGAGCAAGGGUCGUCCUCGAAUACCUCAGCCAUGGCCCCUGCCAAAGAGCCCCUGACCCUGCCUCAGCAGGAGGAGGGUGCAGAGGGGUCCCAGGCUGGGGAGGAGAGCAGGGGAAGAGAGCAGAACAGAGGAGGAGGUCGACACUCGCAGGGGAACGGAGCGUGUCAAAAGCAGGUGGUGAGGGAAGACUUGGUGGAUGGAUAUUCGUCAGGGCAAAGGAAGGAAGAAGGGGAGGCGCAUGUAGGAAUGGGAGAGGCAUCAGAUACAGGGGGCCUCUUGGCAGCUCUAAGCAGCGAAGGCGAAGAGGAGGAGAAGGAAGAGGAGGAGGCCAUCUCAAACCAAAGCCAAACCAAAUCCAAAUGUUCUUUAUUACCUCAACAGAGCCAGCACAGCUCUUCUUCCAGCACUGCAAAGGCCAGUGGCACACUUGACAGCAAAAUAGCCGCCUCUCCAAAGCCCUCCCCUACUUCUUCCCCGUUUCCAAAGCCCUCCCCUUUUCUUUCCACCUCUCCAAAGCACUUCAAUAGUCCAUCCUCCUCUUCUGCCCUGCUGAGCGAGACAGAGGUAAAUGACAUUAAGGGAGAUCGGGGCUGGAUUUCUGGGUUUCCUCAGAGCUUUAAAUCCCAGCAGUCUACGGCUUUUCCACUGGCAGGUACAGAGCCUGCCAGUGCACCUGCUGAGGAUGAUGGGCCAGCAGGGGUUUCUUACUCUUCCGUUUCCAAUGGAGAUGGUGCCAAAGCUCCAGAACCAAAAGACAACCAGCUUGACAUGGAAGUAGAUGAGGAGAGAGACAAAGAAGGAGAACAUAAAGAAGUUCUCCUCAAAAACCUCAACCAAGACCUCUCUCCUAAUUCACUGACCAGUCACAUGACCAUAAUGCACUCACGCAAUUCCUGCAAGACCCUGAAAUGCCCCAAGUGUAACUGGCAUUACAAAUCUCAGCAUACAUUGCAAGUCCACAUGAAAGAGAAGCACCCAGAGACGGGGGGGCAGUGUGUGUGCGGUGCUUCUGGGGGCAAGUGUGUGUGUGGUGGCGCGAUUCGAGGCGCGUGCGGAUACUGCAGUUCGGGGAAACCCCAUCCUCGCUUGGCCCGAGGUGAAACCUAUGCCUGCGGCUACAAGCCGUACCGCUGUGAGGUGUGCGACUAUGCUACCUCAUCAAAAGGCAACCUCAGCAUACACAUGCAGUCGGAUAAACACCUUAACAACGUUCAAAGCGGAGGCCACUCGAACGGCCACGUGCACACGUCUCACAUUACCAACAGCAGUAGCUCCUCCAAUGGCCACGCGGCAGAUGAGCCGUCAUACAAGCUCCCGCUUUCUAUGCCCGCACCCGCACCCCAGCCCGCUAAGCUCACACCACCGCCACACUCCAACUCCCACGGUAAGCGGUGGCGGUGCGAUGUGUGCGACUACGAGACCAGCAUUGCCCGUAACCUGCGCAUACACACCACCAGCGAGAAACACACACACAAUAUGCUGCGGCUCCAGCGAGGUUACUACCUGUCUCACUGCAGGAGCCUUGCUCCGCAGCUUAAACACCUGCAAACCACAGGUGCGGAGCUCUCGCUGAACAUGCGACUGACCAGUCAGCAAGUCGCAGAACAGCCAGUCACCCUCGGGUCUACCCUGACUCCUUCUCCCUCCCCCUCUCCCUCCCCCCCUCCAGCGCCAUCCAUGUCCCCCACUGGAACGCUCUCUCAGGGCAUGUUCCAGUGCCUCGUCUGCUCCUGCUUCUCAUCUGACAGCUUGGAGAAUGUGGAGCAGCACCUGAACAUGCCGCGCACCUUACCCCAGUCGGAGUGGUGCUCCCUGGUAGCUGGAGGCUGUCACUGCAGAUUGUGUGGUUACACCACGCCACUGAGGGCUAACUUCUCCUUGCACUGUCAGACUGACAGACACCGCACCCGGUACCAGCUCACUGCGCACCUACAGGAGGGCGGGGACAGGGGUCAGGAGGGGGCCGCCAUCUUAGCCAAGGGAAACCCUGUCCAGCUGAGGUGCAACCUGUGCGACUAUGUGACCAGCAGUUUGGAGAAGCUACGUGGACAUUCCCUGAGUUCACACCACAAAGCCAGUGCCCGGGUGUACCGAUUCCUGCAGCAGUAUGACGGUGAGGUUGACGGAGGUUUGUGGCUGUUCCACUGUCUCCUAUGCAACCACUCCUCCUCAUCUAAACUCCAAGUCCUGAAACACAGUCAGACGACAACCCAUCAGCAGAGGGAAGGGCUUCUACAGCUGCAGCCAAUGGAUGGAGAGGAGCUGGCAGCCAUUUUCACCAUCAGGAAAAGCCCCGAUGGUGUCACAGGAGAACUCAGUGAGGACAUGGAAUCUUCCAGCGAGACCACUACUGGUCUUUUGGAGACAACCAAAGACGCAUGUAACUUAGGGGUGAAGCUGAUUUCUGAGGAAAAAGAGGAAACUAGAGAGGAGGAGCAAGAAAAGAGGGAGUCUUUACCCUCAGUGAAACGUCCGUCCUCUGGAUGCGAGGAAAUGGAAAACUCAGUCGAAACCAAACGCCCUAGAAUACACCAGCAAAACGAGAACCAGCAGACUGUCCAGUGUCCUUUGUGCCAGGUUACACUCCCGUACACACACCUUCGACAGCACCUCACACAUGUGCACAAUGUGGCACAGGAUUGUGUGGACAAGCUCAUCAGCGCAGUCAAACCACCCAUGAAAAUGCAGCCUCAGCUGGAGACGGAACUAACAACAGACUGGAGCACAGACGAUAUCCAGAAAAAUAAAACCACCAAGAACAUCAAUGAAAAUUGUUCCCAUACUGAUGAUUCCAUUUCGUCUGAUGAUGCACAGAAAAACGAAGGCACUUCAGUGGCAAACACGGAGGGAGAUUUAGCCGCACCCAAAGAUGUCACAGCUCUACUUACCCCACCCCUAGAAGAAAGCACCAGUCACCCUUCCAAUGGCAGACUGGCUCCUGAGUCCCCGACUCAGAUGCCCCCCUCCUCACCCCCCACCUCCCCACCUAGCGAUCCCCCUUCCUUCUCUGAUCGCCAUGGUUACCGGUUCCGUUGCAGCAGGUGCAGCCUGGCGUUCCCCACUCAGGAGAAGCUCCAGCUGCACUGGCAGUACCACGCCAUGAGGGCGGCGACAGAAUGCCCCCUCUGUUCCAGACAAUGCCGCAGUCAGGAGGCCCUGCAGAGACACAUGCAGAACACACACUCACAGGUGGACAACACACAGGGACUGAACACACUCUUACCGCCACAUACAGCUCAAUACAUGGAGCAAAACAAGAGCUCAGUUCAGCAAGAGUUCAGUUUAUCACCUCAGGUGGGUCAAGAGGCAGGAAAGGAUGAGGAUGAAGAGAUAGAGGACGAAGCACAGGGCACGGAGGUGAAGGAGGAACAAAAAGAAGAAGUGAAAGAGAAGGAGAUGGUGACUGAAGAUGGAGGUGAGGAGGAUUUGACUGAGCCAGAGAAGGUGUCACAUGAGGAGAUAAUGUCAGAACCAAGUUCCAGCUCCCCUGUCAAAAAAUGCUAUAACCCCACAAUGGACCGUUAUCUGGAUCCAUCCAGGCCCUAUAAAUGCACCAUAUGUUCAGAGUCUUUUACUCAGAAAACCAUUCUUCUGGUCCAUUUUAACUCGGUGUCCCAUCUCCAUAGGGCCAGACGAGCCCUGCAGGACUCUGGCACAGGUGUUGCUACCCCUGAGACUCCCCGUGGUCCAGAUCCUCGACCCUAUCGCUGCAAACUUUGUGGAGUGGGCUAUAGCCAGAGCUCCACACUGGACAUACAUCUCCGCUCUGUCCUUCAUCAGACUAGAGCUCGUGCAGCUCAGAACCCAAAUCUACAUUCCCCAGCCUCUAGUAUAGCAUCAGUCCCCACCUCUGCUUCUCAGUCUGCUGCCUACAGAGAAGAAGUAUCCAAGAGUUUACCUUUUACUAAGAGGUUAGAUGUAGCAAGCUCUUCACUGUUAGGUCCUGGCUUGACAACUGAGGUCCACCAAACCCUCUCUAACCCAACUGACAACCAACAGGCUAAAAACAAAGUGGCAGAGCUUCUAGCAUCACAAAACCAGCUAAUACUGAUACAGCAGCAGCAGUUAGCUCAGGCUCAAGUGCAGGCCCAAGCUCAGUUACACCACACAGCUCUGCUCCAGUCCCAGAUGCUACAGCACAUUCCCUUAGGGCCAGAGAGUCUCCUUAAACAACAAUUCUCACUGACCCCAGACACCUUGCUUUCUCUGCAACAACAACUUCUUCUGCCUUUUUACUUGUCAGGAGAAAUGAAACUUGAUAUGAGUCCCGAACUUGGUCAGUUAUUAUCUCUCAACUCCAUCCUAAAUGAACAUGUAAAAGCAGAAGUGAAAACUGAGUCCCCUCCACAAACUGAUGAGAAGCAAAUCCAGAAACAAAGCUCAAACUCAGCUGUUAGCCAUCUUAAGGAUCAUCUGCAGUGUGAAAGCAGGAUUGAAGCAGUUUACAGUAGAUCCUCUACUAAUCAGACAGAAAAAGAAAACAACAAUUAUUUUAUUGAGGAAGAAAACAAAGAAAUCCCUGUCCCUACUGUUAAAAAGGAGGCAACUGACUCCUCCUCAUUUAAUCUUCAUGAAUUGCAGUGUCCUCCUCCCAGAGUGCCCUAUGCUGCUGUGAAUGGAGAGCCUCUAAGAGCCCUUCUACAGAGUUAUGGGUAUGAGUUGGCAAUGCAAUAUAUACAAAGCAGACACAGACACCAGCAGCAGAUAGCAACUCAAAGGAAACCUGAUGAACAGGAGUGCUCUGAUCUCAAUAAGAUGGAAGUGUGCUUAGAGAGGGAAAGAGAUAAGUCUUGUGAAACAGAGAAUGAAAACAAAGAAAUCUAUAACAAGGAUAACAAAGGAGUAGAAGGUAAUAGAGAUAGAGAUGGCUUUCCAACAGAGGAAAAUCAGAACAAAGCUCCAGAAGUGGUGAAUAAAGAGAAAAGAUGCUGUGGAGGAGGAGAAAAGUGUAAAGACUGUGGCAAGUUAUUUUCAGAUGCCUUGAUUUUAAAAACCCACCAGGAGUAUAUUCACAGAAUGCUUUAUCCCACUGCUGCACUGGAGACAUUUUCCAGAAAAUACAGGCUGCAAUAUGACCAGCUGUACCCCCUCACACAGACUAAAUCUGGUGAGAAUUCAGCUACUAGCCCCCAAGCUGCAGUAGUCUCAGCCUCAGCCACAUCCUCAGAACCAGCACUCGAGCCAGGUAAAUCUCAAGUGAAAACAAGUGCAUCCUCACCUUCAAUCCCAAUUUCAGAUCUUAUAACCAAAACAAGUGUUACAGCUACAGACCUAACUCCAGCUGCCCCGGUAGUUUCUUCUCCCCCACCCCCCUUGCAACCUCCAGAACUUCCACAACAGGAGGCACCCAUCCCAGGUACAUCUGCUUCAGCGACUUCUCAAACCACAUCCCCUUCUAAAUCCAUACCUCUUCCCUUACCUAAAUUACCGAUGCUCUCUCUGCCCAUGCACCAGCUUCCUAUACCCCCAAUGCCUUUACCCAAGCUUCCCCUAGCUACCAUUCCUUUCCCCAUGGACUUACCUCUCCUGCCUCCAGUUCUGAUGCAGUCUAUGGCUCUACAGCCCCAAGCAUGGUUAGAUUCAGGUGUGAACCCUGAGCUGGCAAAACUAUACCAAUCUCAAUUCAACUCAGCAUUGCUGGGGCAACCUCCACAGCUUAGUCCUGCUUUGCUAAGUCAGACUCCACAGCUCAGUCCUACACUGCUGGGUCAACCAGCCCAACCCAGUCCUGUCCAAACAGGACAGCAACCUCAAGCCAGCUCCACAAUACUAGAACAGCAAGGUAAGAGAACCAGAACACGAAUCUCAGACGAGCAACUGACUGUCCUGAAGAGACACUUUGACAUAAACAGCCUCCCCAGUGAUGAAGAAAUCAGCAAAGUAUCUGCUCUCUCUGGGCUGCCUCACAAAGUGAUCAAACAUUGGUUCCGCAACACCCUUUUUAAAGAGCGCCAGCGAGACAAGGAUUCCCCCUACAACUUUAAUAACCCUCCAACCACGUCCCUAGAGGACAGCAGAGAGGAGGCAGCACAAAACCAAACAUUGACACUUUCUCCAUGUUCUCUGUCCCCAGGCCUCCCGGCCAACAUCUCCCCUCAGCUCCAAACAAUAGACCUCCAGAGAGGAGACCCUCAUAGGGGUCGGCGCUCUUCAAGAACGCGCUUCACGGAGCAACAGCUAGAGACCCUUCAGGGGGUGUUUGAAGCCACUCCUUACCCCAGGGAGGAAGAAUAUGACAGAUUGUCGGCACUGUUGUCUCUCCCUAACAGAGUUAUUGUAGUAUGGUUCCAAAAUGCUAGACAGCGAGCCCGUAAAAAUCCAGACCGGGGGACAGAUGAUGGAUUAGAGGGUGAAAACUAUCCUGACAAUGUCCACAGACAGAGAAAUGACUGCUUUAAGAAUGAUGAAGGUAAUGAAGAUACCAGCUGUGGGGAUGAAAAUGACUCAAUGGAUCUGACUUAUGAGUAUUACAACCAACCCGACUCUCCUGUCCUUGAUUCUUCCACUCAUUGCACAGAGAGUGAGCAUUUAACAGUUAAAGGAGAACCAACACCUAUAACCAGGAAACAAGAGGAUAAACCGGUCUCUCCUCACACUGACAAGAGUCCAGCUCUUGUUCAAGCUGAAAAUGGAAUUUCAGAUUCACAUAUCCAUAAAGAUAUUCUCCCAGUAUUGAAAAGUCGGUCCUCAUCACACCCUGAGCCCAAGCUGCAGCCUGAAAGUUCUCCAGAAAGAUCACAGCCUUGUCUGUCCUCCUCACAAAAAACAGUACCUGCAUCUCAUUUCAGCCAGGGACAUGUACAUAACCCUCCUCCUGAUGAAGCUCAUGAAAAGCAUGUUGAGUCAUCAUCUAGUGUUCCACCGGCACAGUCUGCAGAGACCCGCACUCAGUUGCCCGAUUCCACGUCUGUCCUAUCAACUGAAACACAGCUACAAAGCCAGCUCCAAUUGCAAACCCAGGCUCAAUUCCAGUGCAGUGUCUGUCCAGUGUCCUUGCCAUCCUUCCAGCUGUGGCAGGAGCAUCAGACCAGGCACCUUCUGGCAGCUCAGUCACAGGUUCAACUCCUUCACUCUGGCUUCACAGACCGAACCAUGCCUUACAUGAUGCUUCACCCCAACCACACUUUGAUGGCAAGCCAAAUGCUGUCAGGAGCUAUGUCCCAGAUUCACGCUACCCCCACACAUCCCAUGAUUUCACAUUUAAACAGCUUACAAAUUAAAAGCACACUCUCUGAUCACUCAAGUAACACCCUCACUGGCCUCUCUCAAAGUUCUUUGACAUCAAUGAAGCAGAGAGAAACUAGCUUCGAAGUCCAAAGGAGUAUUAGAGAGGUUGAGGAGGAGCACAGAAGGGACAAGCGUCAGAGAACCACCAUCACCCCAGAGCAGCUUGAAGUGCUGUACCAGCGCUACAGUAUGGACUCCAAUCCUACACGAGGAGUCCUGGAAAGCAUCGCACGAGAUGUGGGCCUGACAAGACGUGUGGUUCAGGUGUGGUUUCAGAACACUCGAGCCAGAGAGAGAAAAGGACAGUUCCGGUCGAUGGGGCCAGGAUCUGGUUUCAGUUUGGGUUUGAACCACCUUCGCUGCCCAUUCUGCAGGGCUCUAUUCAAGGUUAAGAGUGCUUUGGAUGCCCAUAUGAGGUCACGUCAUUGGGCAGAGGCUGAAAGAGCAGGCUACAUUUUAUCAACAAGUAAUGGGCAGAUUGGGAUGGCUAUGUCAUCUCUCAUGGACAGACCGGGCACCUCUAUCUCCUCCAAACUUAUCCACAACCCCAGCUAUGUCAUCAGCAACAAAGAGUUAACUAUGAAGCCACCUGUGACCUCAUUGUCUUCAACCACUGAUCUUAACAACCCGGAUGAUGAGGAUGAAUAUGAGGAAGAUGAUGAGGAGUACCCAUGUGAGGAGGGUUCCAGUAUCGCUGACCAAGAAUCUCUUAGUCCUGAGGAAUCUGGGGGUCCUAGCACUGAUUGGGGUGAGACACAAACUCUGCAGCAGCUGCACCACCGCCAUCAUCAGCAGCAGCGCCAGAGGACACAGAUGAGCCACUUUCAGGUUCUACAGCUCAGAGACUUCUACAGGAGCCAUCGCACACCCAACCGACAUGAGUGUGAAGCACUGGGCCAGGAGCUGGGACUGCCUCACCGUGUCGUGCAGGUGUGGUUCCAGAAUGCCAGAGCCAAGGAGAAGAGGGCCAGGAGCCUAAGUUCUGACUCUGCAGAGAGGGAGCAAGCAGAGUUGUCUGCAGGGGCAGGGGAGAGAGACAGAGCCUAAAAAGGCAGACCAAGGCCCUUUUGCUUCCUUCUACUUUGUUUCCCCCCAAAACCCCCUCCUGCACUUGUCAUCGAGCUCAAAACAUAUACCAUUUCCACUUUGCUGCCAAACCUGUAACCUGAACACCCCAAAGAUACAGAGCCACAGUGGCCCAAAGAGAAACUCUCUCUCAACUAAAAGUACGAGAGAUCCCAAACAAAGUCCUCUCUACCACAGCUUUCUUCUUUUUUCAUAUCAUUCUUAAACCUUGUCCUGGUCUGUCCUUUUUCUUAUUUUUAAAAAGAAGAGCUCCUCUCUCUAUUCUGUCAGACACCUUACUACAACCAAACACCACCUUGAUAAAACCAACCAGAUGCCACAGAGGCCAAAGAUCAUUCUCCAAGUAUGUGACCUCACUGCCCAGCUAGACCUGCAGUCUACCUCUCAGUCUGCAUGACAGACUCACUGUGGGUCCUCCACCAGACAGUACUAGAUGACUAGCUGUGUAGCAUGUAGUGCCAGUCAAGACUGGAAAAAGAAAUUGUCAAAGAGAUUUUAGUGUAAAUAGAGCGCUCCAAAAGAUAAACUUGAAGAAAAACAAAGCAGUUAACAGUGGAAGAAGAAGAAGAAGAAAAAGAAAAAGGGAAUAAUAUCCUUGAAAUAGAUGGAGGUAUUUGCAUAGAGCUUUUGUAAAGACUGACUCAGAUUCCAAAGCUCGUAACCAAAAUUUUACAUUUCUGUGGAUUUACUUUCAAAGUGUUUGUUUUCAAUAACAAACUGCGGAGCUGACGUAUGUACGGUGAAGGGGUGAGAGAUGUGCAGCUGGCACAGGUAAGACUGGCGCAGACGGACUGAUAUGGUGCCAGCGUGCAGCUUUGCCCUCCACAAGCCAAUGAUGAGUCUUCUGUUGUACAUGUUCACCUUCUUUGUUCCUUUAGUGGAUAACAGCCCAAAUAGCACAGAACGUAAAGGCCAGUUUGUCCUGAGAGGGUCAGACUAUUUUUAUAGCACUCAACCAUUAUGCUGUAUAUGAAAACUUUAACCAAACUCAAAUUUACAUUGUGUGUGUUUAGUAAUAGUUUCUUAAUAUAAAUCUUAUGGAUUGAGAUGAACUGUCUUGCUCCAAUAUAAUAGUGUCAUGAUUAUGAAAUGAAGAUUAUGACAGCUUUGAUAUGUUCAGGCAAGGUGAUUUAACUGCCUUUCCGUUCUAUUUGAAUAUACCAAUGGCUUACCAAUGUUAUGUGAUUAAUGUAAAGCUUUCUAUGCUCAGGUCAACAGCUCAACAUGGCUCCGCUUCAAAUGUGAUCUCAAUACUGUACUUUUUCUGUUUUCAAAACAGAAGAUGCGUGGUGUAACCUUGGACUAAGUAUUUAAAGACAUCUACAAAACAUCUCGGAAUUUCAAAGAUCUGAGCUUUUCACCUUUGAGUAUUAGAUUGUUACAAAAAAACCUUAUUGAAUCUAAAGUGUUUAAUAGUGUGAGGGGUAAAUGUACAGUAUUUAGCUUUUGUAUGGUUGACUCAAGACUUCAUUGGAUGUUUGAGACAUGGCUACCUUUUCCACUUACAGAUGGGGAGCUACUGCGCAAAGCUGAGGAAAAAAAAACUUUGGAUGUUAUUGAUGUUAUUUUUGUACACUUAAUUUAUUUUCCCUCGUUCCUCCUUCCCCUACACACUCUCCUCUUUUCUCUCUCUCUACCUUUCUUGUUCUGUUCAUUUGCAACCAGUCCUUAUUCUACUGUAAUAAUGAUAAUAUAACAAUAAUAGCUAAACAAUAAUUAAUGCUUUAAGACAAAAAUCCAAAGACGUGAUAAUACUUUAACCAUAUGACCUACAAAAAUAAGCGCUACUGUUUACUUGACGAUGUACUGCUGUUUUUAAAGAAGGAAGGAGUCCCUAUAUCUAAGCUACUGUUUUCUGCCUCUCAUAAGCACACUGGAAACUGUAACCAAAACCCCAACCUAGAGCCAUGGCAGUCUGUAAUAUAACGGUUAAAGAGUUUUACUCCUCUUGAGAAAUGUUGCAGUUUAUUUUUCUUUCCUUUUUUUACCAUAGUGUUGAACUUCAGCCCUUAAGGAUGUCCAGUUUGCUGCUAAUGUACUGUAGUUUUUAAACAAUACUGUAGAAGAUGCAUGCUCUGAUCGCUUUACCACUAGGCUUUAAUGACUACAAACUGUAAUGAUACCUGUGAUGCUGUUGAUAAACUGCUCCUCUGUUAUUCUGUUGAAAACAAAUGGAUAUGUGGGGGCUCAAUUCCAUCAAGUUUGUUUUCGGUAUCCUGUUAUUUACCCCAAUUCUGAUUUUUUUUUGAUUUUUUUAUUUAUUUUUUUUCAAAAUGGCUUUCAUAAAACCCAAACAAUAUUUUUUAACCUUCCAAGUUCAAAGAAACCUACUUGGGGCAUUCAUUCCUCAAUACUAAUGGAGAUACUGCAUAGCUAUUUGAAGGAGUUCAGCCUCAAACCUUCCACUAGCGGUGGUGUCCGUCUGUCCGUGUUUUCAGCGUCUCUAGUCUUAUUUGUCCAGCUAAAACAGCUUUGCUGAACUCGGAUUUGACACCACCACCAACCUUCCAAAGGAUGUGGACUGACUGAUAACUCAUGUCAUGUUUUAUUCUUAAACCAACCAAUGUUUACGACAAUACCAAUGACCUUUCUUCUGUACAGAAAUGUGCAUUCCAAAUAACACAAAGGCAGUUCUUUUGUAUGCUGAUUAUUUUGAAUUUCCUUUCUCUCAUUCUCUUGAUCUUAUUGACUGUAAGAUGUACAUAUUGGGGUCCUCUAUGGUGAAGGGACUCUGUUAUCCUUACUGUAGGUUAAAGUAUUCCUUUCUUCUUUUUUUUUUCCUGGAUAUGUUGUUGCCAUAGUGAUGACCAA